UCUGGGCCACAACUAAGCCGCUUCCACUUCCCUCCCGCGGGACGGGGUGGCCGGGCCGGGCUGAGGUCUGCAGGGCAGCGCUGCUCACGCCCGGAAGCUGGGCACCGACUCGGCCGGCCUAACCGGAAACCGGAGGCAGGGAAGCCUGAGGCCGGAGACCUCGAGGAAAAGCGACCCAGGAGUUCUCUCAGAAACAAGGAGACCUAAAACAAAACAACCCAAAAAACCACAAGAAGACCUGUGGUCCCUCCCUUCCGCAGCACAUAUACUGAAAAAAAAAAACGAGACCCAACGCCUGACACCGGCGACGGCCCCGCCCCCUCCAGGUUCCACCCGGCGGAGAUCUGGAGCUUCGGGCCAGGACAUGAGCAGCUUUGGUGUGCCACAUCCUGCCAUAGACCUGAAGAAGACUGACCGAUCGGGGACCAACACCUCUAAAACCGUGAACCAAAACGCCUGAGUCUCAUAGAGAAAGGAUGGAAGCUGUGUGACCCAGGGAAGAAAUAGCGAGCCUACUCCUGAUUGGAAGGUAGACCCAGAAGGUCCGCCUUCUGCCGUUGCCAGGCAACAAGUGUAAACAGCACAGAAUCAUGGCCACUAACUACAGUGCCCACCAGUAUGAAAAAGCUUUCUCACCCAAGUAUCUGCAGAACUGGUCUCCUGCCAAGCCAAUAAAAGAGAGCAUCUCUUCCCAUGAAGGCUACACUCAGAUUAUCGCCAAUGAUCGUGGUCAUCUGUUGCCUUCUGUGCCCCAUUCCAAGGCAAGUCCUUGGGGUUCCUUCAUGGGCACCUGGCAAAUGCCUCUGAAGAUACCCCCUGCUCGGGUGACCUUGACUGCCCGGACAACUGCUGGUGGUGCCUCAAUUACCAAGUGGAUACAGAAAAAUCCUGAUUUACUCAAGGCCUCUAAUGGGCUGCGCACUGAAAUCUUAGGCAAGCCCCAUGAUCCAGAUAGUCAGAAGAAACUCAGGAAGUCUACCACAAAGAUGGUACAACAAGCACUGUGUCCAACCAUAAUUCCAAGCUCCCCAACUGCUAAUCCUGAUUCCCUAGAUGAAUCCCGAAGUUCACACCCCUCUGCAGGUCAUACUCCAGGCCCCCAAAUCCCAUGCAACUCUUUUGAAAGCCCAUUGGGAAGCCCUGUGUGCCUGGACACAGGUCCUAAUCCAGCUGAUUCUGCAAACCUGGAACUUGAGAGGGGAUCGAGGGUCCACACUGAGAAAGUCUGUCCAGUCUGAACUGAAGUAAACAUGAUCCCUUGGCAGAAAUGUGAAACAAAUUAUGGGGUGAAUAAAGGCAAAUUUGGACAACAAA